UGGCCUCUUUGGGCGAAUAUUGGACGAGAAAUUGCCUGUACUUAAAGAACAGCUUCAACAUAUUGUCAAUUUCCCAACCAUGUAAUGCAAGGCAAUUUAGAAGAAGCAUAGUCACCAAGAAGCACAGCACUAGGCCUACAUUUUGUCCAUUGUCAACUGGAGGGAAAAUGUUGUUGAUAAAUAUCAUCCAAAAAAGCAAAGAAGAUCAGUGGAGACUAUGGUGCACUGACGAUGGAUCGUGCGGCAUUGCUCCUUCUCAGCCUACACGAAUUCCUUCUGCAUCAAAAUUAAUCCAUGAAUUUUACACUGCCAUCAAUACCAAGAACAGUGAGGAAUUGAACGAGAGUUUGGACCCACUUCUAUCAGAAGAUUGUGUGUAUCAAGACCUUUUCUUUUACAUUCCCUUUCAAGGAAAGAAGGAUGUCAAAAACUUUUUGUGCAAUGUCAUGGAAGCGAUGGGACACAAUAUUUGCGCUGUUGUGAAAAGUGUGAGUGAGGGCGAGGAUUAUUCUGCAACUGUGAUUUGGCAUCUAGAAUGGAACAAAAAAGAAAUACCCUUCACCACUGGCUGCCAAUUCUUUGAAUGUGAAGAAGUUGAGGGAAAGCUCCUUAUUAGGAAAAUCACUGGCGUGCAGGAAUUACCAGUAAAACCUGGUGACUUUAUACUGAAACUGUUAAAGGCAACCAGCACUACUUUUGACCUCCACCCAGGAUUAGCUGAAGGGUUGCUGGAGCUAAUGGCCAAUGGCACACAUGACGGACUAGAUAAGUUUUUAACAUUGCUUGGCUGGAAACACUAGUCGUGUUCUGGAUCUGAUAUGCUUGAACCAUGAGGCCGUAUGUAGAACUCACUGGGUUUGGAUUAAAUCUUGAGUCAUUCACCUAAUAUUAUUAUGAUUAAGGAAAAGAAUUAGGGAUCUUGUUGAAAACCUAUGUUGUUUUUAUGGGCAUUAAUAAACUAACAACUACUUACAAUGUUGUAAUAAUGCCAACAUCUCAAUGGUUGGUCAAGUCUAUUCUAAAUUGUACCU